AUGACAAAUGGGUUUGCCGUGCCCCCUGGUAGACGCUUGGUUGUUCCCUUGAACAUCUGUGUUCUUCAGGGCUUGUCUUUUGUGAAGGCCCGUUUGCUGUCGAUGGAAAUUCCUGCACAUGUGGGUGAUAAUCCACACAAAGCAGUUCAUGUGGAGAGUGGAUCAACUGCAGAGCUUAAUGGUUCUGAAAGUCAGACUGAUAGAUUGGUGAAAAUUGAUCCUUACAGAGGAAGUUGGGGACUACGCUUUCUUGAACUCGAGUUGUCUAAUCCAACUGAUGUUGUGUUCGAGAUUGGUGUUUCCGUCCAGCUGGAGAACUCUGGUAAUGACGUUGGCCCUUCUGUUGAUUGUGGUGCUGCUGAAUUCGGUUAUCCAAAAACGAGAAUAGACAGGGAUUACACUGCUAGGGUACUGAUACCACUGGAACAUUUCAAGUUACCCGUUCUUGAUGGUUCCUUUCUUGCGAAGGAUUACCAGACGAAUGGGGCUACCAAUAGUAGAAGUUCAAGCUUCUCAGAGAAGAAUACCAAAGCUGAACUGAAUGCUUCUAUCAGGAACUUAAUUUCCAGAAUUAAGGUCAGGUGGCAAUCUGGACGGAACAGCUCUGGAGAAUUAAAUAUCAAAGAUGCAAUACAGGCUGCCCUUCAAACAUCCGUGAUGGAUGUGCUGCUGCCAGAUCCAUUGACCUUUGGCUUUAGGCUUGCUAAAGACUAUUCAAGAGAUGCUGUGAAACUUGAUUCACCAAAAGAAUCAGAUAUUCAAGUUCACUCUCAUGCAUCUAAAGGAUUUGUGCUGGCACAUGAUAUGACUCCAAUGGAAGUUCUAGUUCGAAAUAAUACCCGGGAAAAGAUCAGGAUGAGUCUUAGUAUAACAUGCAGAGAUGUAGCUGGAGAGAACUGCGUUGAGGGAAAGAAAGCAACUGUCUUAUGGGCAGUGGAGGCCAGCCAUGUUGAAAAUUUCAUUAUAAUCUCCGAAUUGACAAAUAAUGGCCGGAGAAAAGGUCUCAUUAUCCUAGAGGAGGCCAAUAUGGAGGGAUAG